AUGAGCCCUCGAUUUCCACCAAAUACCAAGAUAAAAGAUUUUGGUUAUCCUGAAUCACAUCCACUACAUUAUACAACAUCGAUAAAGCAUCCGCGGAAAGCCCGAUUAUCGAGUGACAAUGAUUUAUCUAAUGAUGAUGACGAUGACGAUGAUGACGAUGAUGAGGCAGCGUUGUCUGAUGAUACAUCCACAGCAUCUUCCUCCACAUCCGACCGCCGAUCGCGACAUCAUGGUAAUUUAAGCCACGAAGAGUAUUACAAUUAUAAGAUGGAGACAGGAGAUGAUGAUGAUGAUUACGAUGACAAUUACGAGAAGGAUGAGAUAAACUGUGAAGCUCGUGCCAUAUUUGAUUUUCAGCCUGAAAACGAUAAUGAGAUUGGUUUACUUGAAGGGCAAGUGAUAUGGAUUAGUUAUAGACACGGUCAAGGCUGGUUGGUUGCAGAGGAUCCAGAAACUGGUGAGAAUGGACUUGUACCGGAAGAAUAUGUUGAAUUGAUUGGACUACUAGAUCGAGCAGAUGAUGGGGAGGAUGAAGAUGUGGCGAAACCGUUCUUGCCGGAAAUAUUACGAAAUGAUGAGUCAGGUAGAGGGGAAGCGACAAAAGGAUCAGAAGACGAAUGGGUCGACACGGAUGAGGAGUCCUUACAUCUGAAUAUGGAUACCAUUGGCGACAAAACAAAAAGAAACGAAAUUGAGAACAUUCAUCGAAGUAACGACUUAGAUAAAUCUCUUGAUGAGAUGAAGAUAUGA